AUGUCCCAAGACAUCUACUCUGAGCGCCCCUUGUUUGGCGGUGCCAUUACUAGCACCUUCCCUCUUAGGUUCCAGGAUGUGAGCGACAUUCGGCAAGUUCCUGAUCACCAGGAGGCAUUUGUGGACCCUGCCCGGGACGAAAGCUUGAUCUUUGAGCUCUUGGAAUUGAAGCAUGAAGUUGGCGAUGAUGCAAGUGCUACAUGGUUUCUCCAAGACCUCGCCACUGAACAAGAUGCUGACGGCAGCAUGGUGAUUGAACAGUCAGGAGUAGUUGAGGCCCCUGGAUUAUGUUAUAGAAACACACCUGCUGUUGUUACAACUGCUGUUGGUCAAAUGUCCAUUUCCAAGGGGCGGCAGGGAAGGGAGGCACAAAAUAUUGUGAGGGUCUAUGUGGCAAAUCUGCGACUUAAGGAAGUUAAUACUGAUGUGCUAGUUACUGCAUAUGAACCCGUUCAUAUAAAUCCUUUGAGCGAAAGUGCAAGCACAGUGGGGGCUGGUCUUGCUGUUCCUGCAGUACAAUCCGGAUAUAUGCCAGUGGCCGAGGUCUUUAAACUCGCUGUCUCUAGCUUCAAAGUCAAUGACUGGAAUCUUUUCGGCUCUGUGGCCUGA